AUGCAAAAAAAGACCUCUAAGCGUAAGUUCUCGGCCGACAUCCCGCUGGUAUGCAAGGAAGACGACCCAAUACGUCUCAGUGUUCCCAAGAUCGACCUCACUGUGAUGCUUAUGGGAAACUUCCAGUUUCUUUUUCGAAAAACUUAUCCCACUGGAUCUCAUAUGACACCUGAAUCCCUGUUUGAUCAUGAAGAUGCAUGGCAAAUUGUUAAGAACUACGAAGCUAUCCACAAUGGGGUCUUUUUACGUGAGAUUCUAGGAGGUGAGACACUCCCGGCUCAGUUUGAAAUGGUCCACAAAUGUAUAGACAUGUGGAUGAAAUCUCCGGUGUAUCUCAAGCAUAAAGAAGAGCUGGAGGAAGAAAUCAUACAAUAUGAACAAGAGAUUCUCGAUAUGGAACUUAUUGAAGAGGAGCACAGAGAGCAAAAGCAACUCAAACAAGUAGCACAAGAAGAAAAGAAGGCAGUGAUUGCCGAACGCAAGCGUAUACGACAUGAAAAGGAACUUGAGAAACAGCGAGAUAAGGAAAUAAAGAUGAAACAGCGACAACAGGACCUUGAAAGCACGGUCAGUCUCGCAUGGUCGAUCUAUUCAUCUUCAUUAUGCUGA